AUGGGCUUCUUUAGAGUCUUUCUUUUUGCCAUUCUUCUUCUUCUACAGGCUUAUGCGGAAGCUGCAUCCACUAGCAGAGUGGCCAAUUCUCUUGCAAACACAUAUGAAGGAAGUCAGCAGGCUGUCGCUAUGAACGAACAUGUCCAGUUGCACAAAAUCAACUGCAACCACGAGUGCUCUCGAAGAUGUAAGAAGGCAUUUAAAAAGAAGAGGUGCAAACGAGCAUGCAAGUCAUGUUGCAACACAUGCCACUGUGUACCCCCUGGUACCUAUGGCCACAAGGAGGUUUGUCCAUGUUAUGCAACUCUCAAGACGCAUGGGAAUAAGCCUAAAUGCCCUUGA